GCGGCGGCUGGGAGGGGGCGGCCGCCGAAGAAGACUUUUCUCCGGAACUGCUGCUGCUGCUAAGUCUCCCAUCCCGGCUGCGAACAGGGUGGGUUGUUUUCUUCUUCGGAGAUUUCAGGUCAGACUCAGGCUCCAGGUCACCCUAAAGAAUGGCCGAGCCUUCUGGGAACGAGCUGGCGUCCGCGGCUGCCAAGGGGGACCUAGUGCAACUUACUAAUUUGUUGCAAAAGAAUGUAAACGUCAAUGCACAAAAUGGAUUUGGGAGGACUGCGCUGCAGGUCAUGAAACUGGGGAAUCCCGAGAUCGCCCGGCGCUUGCUAAGCAGGGGCGCGAACCCCAACCUGAAAGACAGUACCGGCUUCGCCGUGAUACACGACGUAGCCCGAGCGGGCUUCCUGGACACUUUGCAAACUCUGCUGGAGUUUAAAGCCGACGUGAACAUCGAGGACGCCGAGGGCAACCUGCCGCUGCACCUGGCGGCGCAGGAGGGCCACGCGGCCGUCGUGGAGUUCCUGGUGCGGCGCACGGCGAGCCGCGUGGGCCACCAGAACAAGCGCGGCGCCACCGCCUGCGACCUGGCGCGCCUCUACAAGCGCGCCGCCGUGGUGCGGCUGCUCGAGGGCCCGCGCCCGCCGCCCAGCCCCGACCCCGCCGCCGGCCCCCGCCGGCCGCUGUGAACCGCCGCGCGCGGCGGCCGCCUCCUCCUCCAGCCCUCCUUUUUCUCCCUCCCCCUGAGGAUACAGGUGGUCUUUCCUUCUCUCCCCCCUCCCUUUUUUUUAGGUAACGGCAACCCUUUGCAGCCACACUCCUCACACCUGCCGCCUACAAAGCGCUAAGAGACUCAACCGUGUUACAUGUUGCUCGCUCGUGCCUAGUUUGCCAGUAUCAAGUGUUACACUUCAUUCUAGGUUAUUUGUAUUAAGCCAUGAAUACAAAAGAAAGCUAUAUAUCCACGUGCUUUACGUUGCUGUACUUUUACAUUUUGAUAAUACAGCUUACUGGGAUUUCUCCCCGCCUCCCGUGCCCCAGACCGUACUUAAAAGUUGGAAGUCUUCUUUUAGGUGAAACAGCUCGCUAAGGGGUAACCUGCAAAUCCUUGUUCAGGCAGGGCUCGAAGUCAGAGAUUGCUUGGCCUGAAGAGAGCGGAUGUCGCUCAGAAGCGUUGGGAAAUAGCUGCAUUUUGACACUAACAAGAGCUUGUAGAAGUAGGUCACUUGCUUUCUAAAUGUAGAUUGCACUUUUCCCCUUUGUAUAUUUAAACUUUCAGCAAGCUGCUUUUGAAUUUAGUUACCAGAAACAAUGUAAGUGGGGUUUUUGAUUGCCAGAGGUUUUACACAGCUCAGUUUAGUAGUUCGUGUUUGCUGGGCACUGAACAGUACGUUUUUCUAGCUUCAGAACGAGCAGCAGAUAACCGUUGUCAGAGAAGAGUAUUACAAGGUCGUAAUACAAGUUUUCUGCUCACUUCAUAACCUGAGAGCAGUUUAGAGGCCGUUUAAGAAAUACGUGUUUUCCACCAACUGCUAUAUUUUGUUUUGUUUCAGAAAUAAACCAUUUUAAUGAUAGAUACAUCUCAUAGAAUAUGAAUAUUAGAAUGCAGUAAACUUUAGGAAGAACAUGUUUGAUAUUCCUGAACUUAUGUUAUGGCUUGCAGCUAAAAUACAAUUUAACCAUUGAAAAUUUUCUGUUGCAGUGCAGUUGAUAGCAAGCCUAAGACGGAAACUCAUUUACCUCGAUAGCUACAAUGGGAGCUAACGACGCUCAGCACCUUCUCGGAAUGAGUUUAAUAUGAAAUCUUCUAACAUUUGCAUAGAUCCUAAUUGCUUGACAGAUGAGCAGUUUAAAGUGCUUUACUUUGAAUAGUUUAGAUUUUAAUCGCCCAAAACAGAAGCUAUUAAAUCCGCGAAAAAAUGGAUAGCUCCAAAAUAGCAUUUUAAAAAAGAUACGUUAGAUUGUUACUCUUCAAAAAUUAUUUUAGCCCCACAAAUUCAGUUCCUAUUGUUCUCAAGUGAGAAGUAAUUUCCUGAAACUGUCUGUCACGUUUAGUAUAUGCUCUGUCACACUGCUGUGCUUUCUGAUUAAAAACCUCUGUGAAAUAUGAA